UAUUUAACGAUAUCAACCAUAUAUAAGCCAUAACUUUACGAAUUUUCAGUAGUCGUUUCAACUAUUAUAUGUUUUAUUGCUAUUGCAUCCAUUAUCAAGUAUUUAUACUGAUUGAUCGAAAUAUAUAGAAUUAAUUUAAAUUAUAUUUUAACGGUAAAGUCUUCUUAUUCUUCUUAUCUGCAAUUACUCUAAUCAAAAUGAUUUUACAACGAUUAACCUCUGGAUUGACGAAAGUGCAUAUUUCGAACGGAUUUAUGGGUGAAAAUAAAAUAAAAGUACGUUCGAAAAUCACUACACCAUCAGGUGCUAUUCUUCCUGAACCGAAACGAACCCCAUUCGGUUUCGUACGAGUAAUUUGUGGAGUGGUAUUAGGCUUGCUUGUAGGUGCUACUAUUAGUAAGAAUAUGGCUAAUUUUUUGGAAGAAAAUGAUCUCUUCGUUCCGUCAGAUGAUGACGACGACGAUGAUUAAAGUAGAUAAAUUUGAUAUAUUAGUUGUUG